AUGAGCAGUCCUAAUACUCGUGACAUUAUUAUUAAUAAUAACAACAAUAAUAAUAAUAAUAAUAAUAAUGUCCAACAACAACAACAACAAUCAGCUGCCUCAUCUGCGAUAACUGCUUCAUCCUCAACAACAGAUAAUGGACAAGAAGAAGAAGAAGAAGACAUAACAAAAAAGGAAACAACAAUAACAACAAAGACUACUACACCUAGCAUGGACAAGGAGUUGUGGGAGAUGACACCUGAAGAAAAAAAGGAGAUUAUACGAAUACUAGUAGAGGAGAAUGAUAGAUAUGAACAUAUAACAGAGGAAUACUUGGGGUCGUUGGAACAACAACAUUUGACGCUAGUCGAUCGUAUCAAAGCCAAUUCUAUAGAAUCUAAGAAACUAUUAGAUGAUACUCUCCAAUCUCCUACGCAACCGUCAAUAUCACCUUUAUUGUCCCAACAAUCACCUAUAGUCCCGACGCAGCCACCAUCAACAUAUAUAUCAACAUCUACAUUUGUACCAUUACCCAAUUCUUCCAGUUCCAACUCUUCAUCUUCAUCAUCUUUAUCCUCUUCAACUUCAUCAUUAUCAACAUCUAUUUCAACAACUAUUCCAACAACUACAACUAUAAGUACAGUUAUUCACAGUUAUACACCAACUUCAAAGUCAACCACAACUACAACUACAACCAGUAUUCCUUCACCGUCGAUACCCUUUAAAAUCCUAUCCUCUGUCCAAAGUAUUAUCACUGGAACUCCUCCACCUCUUCCUCCUACUCCUCCUACGCAACCUAAUCCCUCUCCAGUUGUUUCUGUUGUUCCUAGUUUCUCAGCAGAGAGAGAAGCACUGAUCAGAGCACUUGAUGAAACUCAUUUAGAUUUAGAUCCAUCUCCUCCUCCUCCCUCCUCUGUCUCUUCAACCCAUUCCUUUCUUUUCAACGGCACCAACAACGUAACUUCAAAAACCGGCACUUGCACUUGUGCAGGUGCAUUAUUUUCUCGAUCGGUCUAUCGUGCCAUGAAAUUGGGUCGAAUGGGAUUUUGGGAGUCGGUCAUUGGAUUCACCGAUUCUCGUCUAUCAGUCUAUCGAAAAACUGCUAGAGAUAUGGAUCUGCCUUCAAAUUUUAAAGGUGAUGGAUUACAACUAAGUGGAUGCGUUGUAAUUGGACCACAACCUCAAGGUACACAUUUUGAAUAUAGACAAAAGAUGUUUUUGGAUAUCUUUAACAUUCGCGACAUUAUUGAUGCAUGUCAACGACCAAUGCCAAAGGAAGAGGAAAUCGAAGAGUUGGCCGAACAACUCAACCGCAUCACCAAGCUACAAGACCGUCCAUUGCCUGCACCCAUGACCAUCCCUCUUCCCCGAAAAACCGGUGCCGGUCUAUUUGACUUGGCUCCUCCUCCUCCUCCCUCUGAAACCUCUACACUCUCCGAUUCUCCGUCGGAAACCUCCUUAUCCUCUCUUUCACCUAAACCAUCACCCAAGAAACCAAAUAAUGUAUAUAAUAAUAAUAAUAUUAAUGUAAAUAGUAAUAGUGAACAACAAGAAAUUAAUACGCCAGAAUCACCAUCAUUAAAGAAUAGCGGACCACCACAAUACCAUCGAAGUAACGCUGCAACAUUGGAUAAUCCAAGAUCGACCAAUUUAAAAAAGUCUUCUUCAUCUUCCUCUUUGAUUACACCAUCUUCUUCAAAUCAACAACACCAACAACAACAACAACAACAACAAUAUAUUUCACCACCUUCAAAUGGAGGAGACCAAUACAACAACCAAUACAACCAACCAAACUACAGUCAUAAUAUUUAUGGUGAUACACCCUCAGAGUUAUCUUCAACACCGUCGUCUUCUCAGCCGUUACUCGGCGGCUACGAUCGUAGUCAUUAUCAAUUCCCAAAGUCUUUUUCCAAGACCACUAUAGACGGACUCAACUCACCAUUGACGCAACCCACAAAUUCCGUAAACCUCAACAACAACAAUAUUCAUACGCCAUCCUCCAACACUGCAUUCGAUUUCACUCCAUUUUCAAUGUCACAAUCAAAUAGUAUCGAUAAUCUUUUCACCACCCAACAAGACAUUAUUUUACCAUCAAAUACAAAUACAACAGAUAUCAAUAAUAAUAAUAAUCCAGAAAAACAACAAGAUAAUAGUAACCCACUUAAACCUCAACUUUUAAUACCAACCAAUUUUAAUUUUAAACAAGGUGGAUUUAUAAUACCACCUGUCGCAACUCUUGAUUAUGAUCAAUUGAAAACAACAAAUAAUAAUAAUAACAAAAAUAAUAAUAAUAAUGGUAAUCGUCGUUAUCGUCAUGAUGAUAAUGAUGAUGAUGAUGACGGCAGCCAUUAUGAUGAUAGUAACGACGAUGACAAUAGUGAUUAUGAUAAUAGCGAUGAUGAUUAUGACGACGAAGACGACGACGACUACGACGAUGAUGAUCAAGAUGACGAUGACGAUGAUGAAGAUAAACCAAACAUCAACGCACUUCCAGAAAAUAUAAGACCAAAAUAUAUACCACCCUAUCUACUUAAAAAACCAACACUUAAAAUCGAAUCUGUCAAUCAAAUAUCGAUAACAUAUUGUCCAUAUUAA